GUCAGCUGAUAUCGAAGCCGCAGCUGACUUAGCUGCUGCCGGUCGGAGCGGCUGUGUGCGCGGAGACAGUGUGCGUCGGUUUCCUGAGGCGACUGAACGUGCCCCGGCCUAUUUGAGGCCCGCAACAAGUGCGACCCGUCGUGUGUACGAUUGGCCCCACCUCCACUGCGCGCGCACCGCCGCCGACUGCAGCCGCCGAGCACGAUGAUCAACUGCGUCGCUUUCCAGUACAGGAACCACAAGUCCACCAAUGUGGUCUUCCAGAAGCACCAUGUCAGCCGAGACAAGCGGGGUCAGAUCAUGGGCCAGAAGGGAGGCUUUCGUGGCUGCACCAUCUGGUUUACUGGUCUAUCAGGUGCAGGCAAGACAACAGUGUCCUUUGGUGUGGAGGAGUACCUUUGUCUUCAUGGGAUUCCUGCCUAUGCACUUGAUGGUGACAACAUAAGGCACGGGCUCAACAAGAACCUGGGCUUCUCUUCUCAGGACAGGGAGGAGAACAUACGACGAGUGGCUGAGGUUGCCAAGCUUUUUGCUGACAGUGGUGUCGUGUGUCUCACUAGUUUCAUCAGUCCAUACGCAAAGGACCGUACCAUGGCUAGGGAGAUACACGAACAAGCUGGCUUGCUCUUCAUUGAGUGUUUUGUGGACACACCAUUGGAAGUAUGCGAGAAAAGGGAUGUCAAAGGCCUUUACCGGAAAGCACGGGCGGGACAAAUUAAAGGUUUCACUGGAAUUGAUAUGCCCUAUGAAGCACCUGGCCGCCCGGAUCUUCUGAUCAAAGCAGGAAAGGACACCAUCAAGGACUGUGUGCAACAAGUAGUUGAACUCCUGAGAGAAAGGGGUGUCAUCCCCGGCAGUGUGGUUGACUGUGUCAAGGAACUUUUAGUGAGCCCGGAGCGCCUGCCAGCUGUGAUGGAAGAGGCAGCAGCGCUGCCCAGUGUGGAGAUCUCCAAGCUGGACCUACAGUGGGUCCAGGUGUUAUCCGAGGGAUGGGCCACACCCCUCACCGGUUUCAUGCGCGAGGCUGAAUUCCUGCAGAGCCAGCACUUUGGCUGCUACCUUGAAGGUGGGGUUACCAACCAGUCAAUUCCGAUUGUACUGCCUGUGACGACGGAGGAUAAGAAUCGCCUUGAAAAUGAGCCUGCAUUUGCACUGAAGCACAACGGCAAGGUGUAUGCUAUCCUACGCCAGCCCGAAUUCUAUCCUCAUCGCAAGGAGGAACGCUGCUCAAGACAGUUUGGAACCAGUUGCCGUGGGCACCCUUACAUAAGUAUGAUUUACGAAAGUGGUGACUGGCUUGUUGGAGGUGACCUUGAGGUUCUAGAGCGAAUUCGCUGGAAUGACGGACUUGAUGAAUACAGGCUCACACCAAAAGAACUCAGAAAAGCAUUCUCCAAGCUUGGGGCAGAUGCAGUGUUUGCAUUUCAACUGAGGAACCCUGUUCACAAUGGCCAUGCAUUGCUUAUGCAAGACACAAGGAAGCAUUUGACAGAGAAGGGUUACAAGAAGCCAGUGCUGUUGCUUCAUCCACUUGGUGGCUGGACGAAAGAUGAUGAUGUACCCCUGGCAGUGCGCAUGAAGCAACACAGGGCAGUACUGGACAGUGGUGUUCUAGACCCCAAGCUCACUGUAUUGGCCAUCUUUCCUUCCCCCAUGAUGUAUGCUGGACCAACUGAGGUCCAGUGGCACGCCAAGGCAAGAAUGGUGUGCGGCAGCAACUUCUACAUUGUAGGCCGAGACCCUGCAGGAAUGCCCCAUCCAGAGACGAAAGAAGACCUCUAUGACCCAACUCAUGGUGCAAAGGUGUUGACCAUGGCUCCUGGCCUUACACAACUCGAGAUCAUACCAUUUCAAGUUGCUGCUUAUGACACAAAGAAGAAGAAGAUGGCAAUGUUUGAGCCUGAACGGAAAGAGGACUUCUUGUUCAUCUCGGGCACCAAGAUGCGCAGCCUGGCACGCAGUGGUCAGGAGCCUCCAGCAGGGUUCAUGGAGCCGUCUGCCUGGAAAGUUCUUUCUGAUUACUACCGCUCUACAGCGAACUGAUGUACAGCCUUAUAGCUGCAAUGUCUUUCUGCUCCUUUCACAACGUUUCUCCCUCCUGCCUCAUUUUUUUCAUCCCCUCCCACUUCUGUUGCAAGCUUUAAGGUCUGUUUAAUAGAACAUUGCUUUCAUCCCCCCCCCCCCCCCCCACAAACGUUAAUGUUUAGGAAAGUAUUAUACUGCAUAAAAGGAUGCAGUCGCUAUGUUCUGAAGCUUUUGAACCAGUCAUGGGGGUUUUUAUUUCACUGGUGGUGGGAGAAACUUGUUCCUUCAGGGUUGGAGUUAGCUGGUCAUGCAAUUUAUUUGCGAGAGUUUUUAUAUGAAGACAGUGUGAUGGAGGGAACAAGGAUUGUGCCUCUUAGGAGCUUAACUGCUUUAGUCAACUAGAAACAAAAGUACCAAACAUGGUUCCCAACAAGCCAUAAAGUAUGAAAUCGUCUUGUUGGCAUUUGUAGGCAUAUUUAGACUUCUUUUUACGCGUGCAUGCACUUUUACUGUUAUAUUUUUGUUACUGUUGUACUCGGAAAGAAAGUGUGCUUGCUAAUAUUUUAUAUAUAUUUUGCUUAUUUUAUAUUAGCAUAUCCUCAUUUAACUGGCUCCACAUUCUGCAUGGUGCUCAAGUGUGAAUUGUGUGAUCUUGAGAGAGGCUCAGAGCAAAGGGGGUGUCUACACCAUACAGUGCAGCGAUUUUUUUGUAGUCAACUGGGACCAAUGUGCUCAAUGUGGCACGCAACGUAGCAGCAACAUAUCUAGAGAUUAGGCAGUAGGCUCGGUACUGUGGCUUAUACAUAUAUAAAUGUACAUUCGUUUUUUACAUUUAUGUCAGUCGUGUAUGGAAUACUAGGCACACCCAGUUUGCUGGCACAUUCAUUGUACACAUGACUGGUCCUGGCUGCUGUGUCCAAGACAUCACGAGCAGCCAACUUUGUGGCGCAAUAGGACAUGUUGCACUUUAUGACAACAUAUUGUGAUCCUUGUGCAAUUUCACUAUUGUAAUUGUUAUUGCAGAAAUUUGGUUUGUUUGAAUAUUUUUCAUAUACAUGUUUUAAUAAUGGUUGUUUUAAAAUGCAAAUUACAGCUACAUUCUGGCUAAAUUAAGGCUGGCCAGAAUGCUUGUUAAUAAAAAUGUUGAAAAG